GGACAACUCUAUCCAAUAAUUUUCUUGAAAGCUUGGAUCCAAAAGCUAGAAAAUAUUUGCAUAGGAACUAAUUCCCCGAGAUUUGUCUCUAGCCACUGACAACUUGCUUGCAAACUUACCGAGGGUGAUACAUGUCAUACAGUCGUUUUAAGAUAUUCAACCAUCGUUUUUUGGUUGUUGUUUUUUGCUUAAAUCGAAUCUAAAACUUGUUUAAUGCUUGAUAGAUCUAAUUUUUCAGACCACAAUCAAUAAGGCUAGGCUAUUUUACUUUUUCUUUGUUUUCUUUUUAUUUGAUUUGACAAGCUUUUAUUUUAAGGAUAACUGUCCUGAUAAACUGCUCCAUUUGAUAGUUAUUGAUAGUAUAAUAUAUUGUAUUAAACAAUUUCUGUCAUAUACUAAGAGAACAGUUUAAAAUGAGUGUCAAGAACACAGCUGUUAUUUUGUCAAAGAUAAGGAGCUUGAUGAAAAAUACUAAGUAUGUUUGUGAACCAAUUCAUGCCUACAUUAUACCCACUGGAGAUGCCCACCAGAGUGAAUAUGUUUCUGAUCACGAUAAAAGAAGAGAUUAUAUCAGUAACUUUACAGGAUCUGCAGGUACAGCCAUUAUUACUGAAACUCAAGCUGCAUUAUGGGUUGAUGGUAGAUAUUUUUUGCAAGCUGAGAAACAACUGGAUUCAAAUUGGACAUUGAUGAAAGAUGGUUUAAAGGAAACCCCAACUCAAGCUGACUGGUUAACAAAGAUAUUACCAGUAGGGGGUAGUGUUGGAGCAGAUCCUUUCAUGUUAUCUCUUGAAAAGUGGAAACCAUUAGAGAAGUCAUUGAAAACUAAUGGUCAUACAUUGAUAGCUGUUGAUAAGAAUUUAGUUGAUAUUGUAUGGAAUGAUGUACAACCUCCUCCACCAAACAAUAAUCUUAUAAUAUUGUCAGACACAUAUACAGGGUUAAGUUGGCAAGAAAAAGUGAAAAAAAUUCAAAGCAAAUUAACAGAAAAAAAAUCAGUAGCGUUUGUUUUAACAGCUCUUGAUGAAAUAGCUUGGUUAUUUAAUUUAAGAGGAUCUGAUAUUGUCUAUAAUCCUGUAUUUUUUGCCUAUACAGUAGUUACUACUGAUAAAGUACAUUUGUUUAUUGAUGAUAGUAAAUUAGAAAAUGGUGUGUCAGAACAUUUAGAGUUAUCUGAUACCAGCAAUGGCGCCCUAGUUAUUAAACAUGACUAUAACAGUAUUAAAGAUUUUCUUGCUAAACUUCAUCAAAGUGCCGAGAAAAAAAUCUGGAUCAGCGAUAAAUCUAGUUAUGCCUUACACAGUGCAAUACCUAAGUCAAAAAGACUUGUGGAACCGUCCCCAGUUGCUCUAUUAAAAUCUGUUAAAAAUAAAACUGAAAUUAAAGGAAUGAAAAAUGCUCAGAUACGAGAUGCUGUAGCCCUAUGUGAAUAUUUUAGAUGGUUAGAAAAGGAAGUUAAAUCUGGUAAUUUAACAGAAAUAAAAGCUGCUGAUAAACUAGAGCAGUUCAGAAGGGAACAAGCAGAAUUUGUUAGUUUAAGUUUUGAUACUAUUUCAAGUUCUGGAUCCAAUGGUGCUGUCAUACAUUAUAAACCGUCCCCUGAAUCUGAUAAAGCAAUAACUACAGAUCAGAUCUAUCUGUGUGAUUCAGGUGCCCAAUAUAGAGAUGGAACAACAGAUACAACUAGAACACUUCAUUUAGGUAUACCUACUCAGUAUCAAAAGGAAUGUUUUACUAGAGUAUUGAAAGGUCAUAUUAACUUAGCAACAGUCAUAUUUCCUAAUGGAGUAAAAGGCCAUAUGUUAGAUACCCUUGCUAGAACAUCAUUAUGGAAUGUUGGUUUAGAUUAUUUACAUGGUACUGGGCAUGGUGUAGGCCAUUUUCUUAAUGUACAUGAAGGUCCUUGUGGUAUUAGUUCUAAAGUAUCAUUAGCAGACGUAGCUUUACAAGAAGGAAUGGUAUUGUCUAAUGAGCCAGGAUAUUAUGAAGAUGGAGAUUUUGGAGUAAGAAUAGAGAGUUUAAUUCUAGUUCAAAAAGCUGAGACUAAGUAUGAUUUUAAGAAUAAAGGAUUUUUAACAUUUGAAACCAUAACACCAGUUCCCUUACAAACAUCUUUAAUUGAUCCCAAGUUAUUGACAGAAAAAGAAAUUAAUUGGAUAAAUGAUUAUCAUUCAUUCUGUCAACAAGUUGUAGGAGAAGAAAUGGAAAAACAAGGAAGGCAUGAAGCUAAGAAAUGGUUAAUCAAGUCUACUCAACCUAUUGGUUAAACAAGCUCUCAUCACUGUCUUCAUUAUAACCAUUGAAGCCUAAUGUCUAUAUAGUAGUUAACAAUUACGAUAUGAUUUUAUAAGUGUAGUGUAAAAAUUAUAGCAUGAUUCCUAGAACUGUGGUGUAUAAUUAUAGCACGAUUCUAGAAGUUGGUGUAUAAUAACAUCAUGAUUCUUGAGUGUGGUCUAUAAUUACAUGAAUCUAGAAGUGUGCUGUAUAAUAACAUCAUGAUUCUUGAAUGUGGUCUUUUAUUACAGCAUAAUUCAAGAAGUGUGGUGUAUAAUAACAUCAUGAUUCUUGAGUGUGGUCUAUAAUUACAUGAAUCUAGAAGUGUGCUGUAUAAUAACAUCAUGAUUCUUGAGUGUGGUCUAUAAUUACAUGAUUCUAGAAGUGUGAUGUAUAAUAACAUCAUGAUUCUUGAGUGUGUUCUUUAAUUACAGCAUGAUUCUAGAAGUGUGGUGUAUAAUAACAUCAUGAUUCUUGAGUGUGGUUUAAAAUUACAGCAUGAUUCUAAAGUGUGCUGUAUAAUUACAGCAUGAUUAUAGAAGUUUGAUGUAUAAUUACCGCAUGAUUCUAGAAGUCAAGUGUGGCUUAUAACUACAGCAUAAUUUUUAGAACUGUGGUGCAUGAUUCUAGAAUUGUCUGUAAUAACAGCAUGAUCCUAGAACUUACUUUACUGUAGUCCAUAAUUACCACAUAAUUCAGAAGUGUAGCCUAUAGUUACAGAAUGAUUCUAGAACUAUAUAUAAUUAUAGCAUGAUUCUAGAUCUUGUAUUUGUAUGCAUGAUGAUUAAGUCAGAUUUUUUAUCAAUAAUGGUAGUACACUUUAUGAUAUUUUGUUAUGUAUGGCACACAAAUCUUAAAGAUGCAAUUAAAGCUACAACGUUGAGCACUUUCUAUAAAUAUUUAUUAAUCAAAACAAUACCGUUAAAACUUAUUGUGACCUUAUUUCAAUAUUUAAGUAAAACAUCACAUUUCUAUGAAAAUCGUAUUUAAUUCAGGUUAUAUUGUUUGACAGAGGGAAUAAAAGUUUAAGAAGUUUGACUGGGGUAGACAGGCCAUGUUUUCUGCCAUAAGAUUACAUUCACGAGACAGACAUCCUAUAAUUAUAUCCAUGGUUCUUAUGUCUGGGAAUAAAUGAUCUAUUUAUAGAACAUGUAUUAGCCAACCACAACAAUGUAUCUCCUUGUUGACGUAGACGAGUUGACUGGUAUUCCCUUCUUUCAUUUUAAAAAUACGGGUUAUUCAAUGAUUUUGGCCUAUUUUAUGUAGAAUUUAUGUACAAACCUAUGUAAACCUCUGAACUCCACUGACACAUCUGUGAUACAAUAAGUCUCAUUAAUUUCACUCAUUCAUAUGUUGUCUAUUCUUUGUUAUUGUUACUUAGCUAUCACUGAAAUUUCAUUUAACUAUUUCAAUCAUUUUUGAACAAAGUUUUGAUAACCAGAGUAAUUGUCAUAAAUAUAUCUGAAUGUAAAUAAAUGUGAAAUUUUUACAAG